UUCACUCUCAUCGACUCUCUCUCUCUCUCUCUCUCUUCAAUGGCAGAGCCUCAAAUCCAAAUAGAAGAACCUCUCAUCAAUCCAAACCACACCCAAGAAGAGGAAUCCAACAACCCUACCCUCGACCGCGUCAUCCACCGCUUGGAAGCCUUCCUAUUCAUAUUCGGAUUCCACCAGUGUUCUUUCCUCACCAUCGUCCUUUCUUGGGCCGCUUUCCUCCUUCUGGGUGUCGUGAUUCCUGUCCUCACCAUCGAGCUCAGCAGCUGCUCCGACUGCAGCAAGGUCCAGAUCACCAACUUCGAGCUCUUCAUCCUCGCCUCGCAGGCCUCCUUGGCCGCCGUUUCUCUGCUUGGCGUCUCUCACAAUCUUCGAAAGUAUGGUGUACGGAGAUUCCUCUUCGUCGAUCGGUUCCAUGGGCAGACGAUCAGGUUUCGCAAGGAGUAUGUCGAAAAGAUUGAGGAUUUCUUCCAUGUCCUUGUUUGGUGGAUAUUGCCAUGUUUUCUUUUGAAAACAGCCCGUGAGAUCAUUCGCCUCGUAUAUGUCCACCAGGAGUCAUGGUGGCAGACUGUUGGAAUUUUUUUAGCUUUGGUUGUGUCAUGGACUUAUUUGACCACGAUCUUUCUAUCAGCCUGCAGUUUGUUCUAUUUGGUUUGCAAUUUGCAAUGUAUCCACUUUGAGGAUUACGGGAAGCUUCUCGAAAGAGAUUCGGAUGCCCCAAAACUGUUGGAGGAGCACAUGCUUCUAAGACAUCAUCUAUCUAAAAUUAGCCAUAGGUUCCGCAUAUAUCUUCUCGUGGCAUUCUUGGUUGUAACAGCUAGUCAGUUUGUGACACUCUUCCACACUACAGGAUAUCGAGGAAUCAUCACUUUCAUCAACGGCGGGGAUUUUGCGGUUUCCUCAAUUGUAGAGGUUGUUGGCAUAAUUCUUUGUUUGCAUGCUGCCGCAAAAGUUUCCCAUAGAGCUCAAGGCAUCGCAUCGGUUGCAUGUCGAUGGCAUGCUUUGGUAACGUGCAGUUCCACCGAUCCAUCUCAAUUAAGAGCCACAAACAGUGCUGGGAACUUGGAAGCUGAUGCACCGUAUACGAUACCUGUAAAUUAUUCUGAAAGCGAUUUGGAGUCAUUGGACAAUGUAGCAUUGCCAACGAACCCACAAUUUGCUUCUUAUAUGUCCUCAUACCACAAGAGACAAGCCCUUGUAAUGUAUUUGCAGUCCAAUCCCGGUGGUCUUUCUAUCUUUGGAUGGACGGUCGAUCGUGCAUUGAUCAGCACCAUCUUUUUUAUCGAGCUCUCUCUCGCUCUCUUUGUACUUGGGAAAACCAUAGUUUUUACUUCGAAGUGAUUAUACUAUGAUUGCCUCAGCUUCCACCCCCAUAAUAAUGAUUCAGUUACCCAUUCAACAACUACAAUUCAAAAGCAGUUUUGGUUCAUGUUUUUGUCAUCCUGCAGGAAAAAUAAAAAUAAAAAUAAGAACACCCAUCAGCCUUAGCGGGCUGCAGAUUGAUUUCCCUUAUAUACCAUAUGAUACCCCAACCAUUUGGAAUAGGUGACAUACCCAUGUACAAUGCGUGAAUGCUUCACACCAUGUUUGGGUAAUUUUGCCUUACCACUGUAUGCUAGAGGUGUCUUUUGCCAAACUGAUCCUUUGAGGUUGGAAAGAAAACAUCUGAGCUUUUGACUUUUACCUGGUGAGUUCUCAUCUUUUGGGCCUUUAUGUAUGUAGAUGUGUAAACGUUAAGUAGUUUUUUUCCCUGUUUGUACAGACAGUUUUGCAACCUUGUGUUGUUCAUAAAGGAAUGAUAUAUCUUCCUGUGCA